CGGGCAGAGGUGCUGAAGAGGGGAGAGGGGAGAGGCUGUGGGGCUUGGGUGCUGGAGCGUGAGAAUCAAAGCAAGGAGUUUCCCAAGCCUCCGCAUCUUCCCCCAAACCGGACAGAUACAAAAUGGCAAGGCAGUUGACAGAAAAAGCCAUCAGGGAAAAGAAGAUUUUCUCCAUCUAUGGACACUACCCGGUGAUCCGGGCUGCUCUGCGGAAGAAGGGCUGGGUGGAGAAGAAGUUCCACUUCCUUCCCAAGGCCCUUCCCAGUGUGGAGGUCGGAGGGGAAGGGGCCGCUGAUAACAAGUGCACUGACAUCAAAGAAAACCAAGCAAUAGCCCUGGAGAAGAUGGAGGACAUCCACAGUGUGAUGUCUAGGUUGGUAAAGAACGAGAUGCCGUACCUUCUCUGGACUAUCAAGAGGGAUGUCGUGGACCUCCACAGCCUGACCCAUGACCAGAUGCUGAACCACUACGCCAAGACCGCCUCCUUCACCACCAAGAUUGGGCUGUGUGUGAACAUGCGAAGCCUGCCAUGGUACGUCCAGGUGAACCCCGACUCCUUCUUCCCGCGCUGCUACAGCCUCUGCACUGAGAGCGAAAAGCAGGAGUUCCUGGAGGACUUCCGGCGCACGGUGGCUUCUAGCAUCCUCAAGUGGGUGGUCAGCCACCAGAACUACAACAGAAACAGGUCCAGGAGGCGGGAGGAGGCCAGGCAAAGCGACACUGGCCCCAGGAAAGAUCCUGAGGAUGCAGAUGAGAAGUUCAGGAGCCUCUCGGGGCAGCUUGUGGACACAGCCUGCAAGGUAUGCCAGGCCUACCUGGGGCAGCUGGAGCAUGAGGACAUCGACGUGUCCGAGAGCAGCAAAGAGGAGCUCUCCGAGGAUGAGUGGAAUGACCUGAUCCAGCAGUACUACUCCCUUGUCCACGGCGAUGCUUUCAUCUCCAGUUCAAGGAGUUACUUUUCGCAGUGCCAGGCUCUGCUGAAUAAGAUCACUUCUGUGAACCCCCAGACAGAGAUCGACGGGCUCCGGAACAUCUGGAUCAUCAAACCGGCAGCCAAGUCCCGGGGCCGAGACAUAGUGUGCAUGGACCGGGUGGAGGACAUCCUGGAGCUGGCGGCUGAGGAACUGCCCACCAAGGACAACAAGUGGGUGGUGCAGAAGUACAUCGAGACGCCCAUGCUCAUCUAUGACACCAAGUUCGACAUCAGGCAGUGGUUCCUCGUCACAGACUGGAACCCCCUGACCAUCUGGUUCUACAAGGAGAGCUAUCUGCGGUUUUCCACACAGCGCUUCUCCCUGGACAAUCUUGACAGUGCCAUCCACCUGUGCAACCACUCCAUCCAGAAGCGGCUCCGGAAUGACCAGGGGCGCAGCCCACUGCUGCCUGGCCACAACAUGUGGUCCAGCUCCAGGUUCCAGGAGUACCUGCAGAAGCAGGGCCGUGGGGCCAUGUGGGGCAGCGUCAUCUACCCCUCCAUGAAGAGGGCCAUCACCAACGCCAUGAAGGUGGCCCAGGACCACGUGGAGGCCCGCAAGAACAGCUUCGAACUCUACGGCGCGGACUUCAUCCUCGGGCGGGACUUCAAGCCCUGGCUGAUCGAGAUCAAUUCCAGUCCCACCAUGCACCCAUCCACACCCGUCACGGCCCAGCUCUGUGCCCAGGUACAGGAGGACACCAUCAAGGUGGUGGUGGACCGCAAGGUCGACCGCAACUGUGACAUCGGCAACUUUGAGCUUCUGUGGAGACAGCCCGUGGUGGAGCUGCCGCCCUUCAACGGAUCCGACCUCUGCGUGGAGGGCAUCGGCAUGAAGAAGGCCAAGAGGCAAAUGCCGCCCAUCACCAACUUCGAUUUCCUGGCUUCCCUCUGCGACGCUCAGCUACUCAAAGUGCGGUGCCCCUCGGCCGUGCCGGGCCUGGCGGGCGGCGCUCCGCGCGGGGCUGUGCAGGACUGGAAGCGGGAAGACGCCAAGGCGCUCUGCUCCCCGCUGCCCGCGCCCCCGCAGCGGCCGGCAGAGCGAAGCUGCAGAGCGAGGCCGGCGCACGCCGAGGCGGGCGGGAAGCUCGCGCUGCCCGCCUGCGCCUGCCCGCGCGCGGACAGUAGGGCCCCCAAGAGCACCUUCUCCAAAGCGCAGCCCGCCGAACUCGUGGAUGCGAGCUCGCUGAGCGUGCGCCCCCUGGCGCCCGCGCCGCAGAGCGCGAAGUCGGUGCAGACCUCGCUGUCCCCAACGCCAGCCGCCGCCGCAGCAGGGCGCGCUCCGGACCUGGAAGCCCCGCGGUGCCUGGUGUGCCGCUCCCUGACGCCCUCCCGGCCCUUCUGUGCCGCCGUCCUGGAGGGCUCCUCCUUUGUGCCACUCGGCGGCGGGCGGUCUGGCAGCCCGUGGACCCCGUGACAGGACCAAGGCGAGGACCGGGACGAGGGAGCGUGCCCGGCGGCCCGGAGCUGGCUCGCGCCCUGGGAGCCGGCCCGACGAGGGCGGUGUAUACA